GUGGGUUUUAGAGUUACGUGUCACCAAACCAUUGAUUCUAUUUUUUUUUCUUUUCUAUUUUCUCUCUUUUUUUUCUUUUCUCUCGUCUUCUCCGUCUCAUCUUUUAGCAUCGACACAUCUCAGCCUUCGUUCUUGACAUCGAACAACAAUUCUUGUCUCCUCAACGUUCCUAAUUCCGACACAAACCCUUUCGACAAUGCCUUUGACUUCGGUUCUGAUUCUUGUUUCCUCAGCCAAGGUUUUGGUUUGUUGACACAGUUGAGGAACAGGGAUCUGAGCUCUGUCCCUGACUUCUUAUCUUCUCCGGAAAACAACAACUCAACGACGUUAUACGGAGGAGGAGGUGGAUUCACUCCUUCGGACUCACAAGGCUUCACCAGUCUUGCGAAAGUUUUGAAGCCUUUAGAGGUGUUAGCAUCCUCUGGUGCACAGCCUACUCUGUUCCAAAUUACUUCCAGAUGCCUGCAAAGAAGGAAGAAGCUUAAUGAUAGGCUUUAUAUGCUUAGAUCAAUUUUCCCCAAGAUCAGCAAAAUGGAUAGAGCAUCAAUACUUGGAGAUGCAAUUGAUUAUCUAAAGGAGCUUUUACAAAGGAUCAAUGAUCUUCACAACGAACUUGAGUCAACUCCAACUCCACCUGGAUCUUUGCCUCCAACUCCAUCAAGCUUCCAUCCGUUAACACCUACAACACAUACUCUUUCUUUCCUUGUCAAGGAAGAGUUGUGUCCUUCAUCUUUGCCAAGCCCCAAAGGCUAACAAGCAAGAAUUAAGGGAAGGAAGAGCAGUAAACAUACAUAUGUUCUGUGGUCGUAGACCUGGUCUUUUACUCGCUACCAUGAAAGCCUUGGAUAAUCUUGGAUUGGAUGUUCAACAAGCUGUGAUCAGUUGUUUCAACGGGUUUGCCUUGGAUGUGUUCCGUGCUGAAGUGAGAAUACUAGCAUCAUCAUAUACUUUCAGUUUAAACAGUUUGAGGUUUUUUACAAGAGUUUAGUUGUAACAUGUUUUCCUUUUCUAUAGCAUGUUCUGUUUUAUUUGCUUUACCAAUGUGACAAGAAUUUAUUUGUUACUUUCGGUUCCUGGUAGUUCUGGAUAAGCAUCUUAUUGUAUCUCUUUCCGUUCUGGAAGAGUUAUGUUUGUUUGUAUGUGUUGUCCAUAUGUGUGCAUGAGUUGUUAUGUUUGUCACGAGUGUUAUAUUUAUUACUUUGUAUGUGUUGUCCGUA